GUUAAAUAUAGCAGUUGCUUGCUCUGACUGAGUGCUUGCCAUCUGCGGUUACUUGCAGUCGGACAACAGGCGGGCGAGGGCUCAGGCACGUGCUUACUGCGAGCUUCAAGACAGAAAGCGUGAAAGCAAUCAAGGUUUUGCAUCAAGCGUCCAAGCAACCUUGAGCAGAAAGUCUUCAAGCUCUAUAAAUGGUGUCUGCAGGGGCAUUUUAAGUCGCAUGCUAUGACCCUAGGACCUGAGGCUUUCACUUCCUCGGCCAGCAUGGCGGAUUCAGAACAGGGCACCAAGGAAGAAAAAUCGGCAGAAGCAGUGGUCGAGUCAGUGGCACCAGACGCGCCCAAGGAUGUUACCGCGGAAACACAAAACGAAACAUCGGGUGAACCGCCUGCCACUGAUUCAGCAAAUGACGUCGAACCCGUCCCCGAUGUCCAAGUCGAAACAGGGCCACAAAUGUCGGAGGUAGAAUCAGAGGCAAAGGGGCAAGCAGCUCAAGAAGUGAAAGCAGAAGAACUAGUAGAACCAGCCGGAUCUGAGACCUCUGAUACAAAACAAAACGUGCGUUUUGCAGGAGAAGAUAACCUACCAAAAGUUUCUGCCACUACAACAGACUAUGUAACUGUAACAAAUUUCCCAGAAAAGCCAGUUUUUGACGAGGAAAAACUUCGAAGUGAAAACAUAUGGGCGAAGACAACGGGUGCAAGAAACUUGGUUAAGUGUCAAGAGCAAUUGAUGAAGUUGCUUGGGAAUCUACACAACGAACUAGACAGAGCAGACUCCGAUAUCUCACGCACUUGCCCGACCGGUACUAGGGGUCACAAGACUUCUCACAGUUAUCACUACGAGGACGAGGACGAGGAUGAGGAUUACGAGCCACCCCCUCGAUACCCAAGAGUAGCCGCACUCGCCGGGUAUGGCAGGGAAACCUCCAAGUCACGUUCAAUUUCCCGCGAGGAGACGCCCGAGUACGAGCCCCCUCGCUACCGUAGCUACGAAGCUAGUUUGUCGCGGUACCGCCCUACGUACGCCGACAGUUUUUCCUCUCGCUAUCCACGAGUAUCUUCUUCAGUUGACCGCGAGUCAACUGGCUCUGCGGACGCCUACGUGCCCCACUACGGUAGUUCCUACGGCAGCACCUACGUGCCUGGAUCUUACACAAGGAGGUACGGAACGGGCAACAUAGACCAGAGAGAGGACGAGGGGUCUUAUCGCUAUGGGAGCGCCUACGCUCAUCGCCCGAACAUCGGCUAUUCAUUUGAACCUGAAGGUGAAGGGUAUACUGAGUACGAACCUGAGACAAAACCACUCCAUCGCCAUCGCUCCCUAUCCCCCGAAGACCCCUCUCUCACGGAAGACCUACCGGCCACGUCUUCCUACCUUAGGAAGAGUUACACUCCUCGCUACACUCCAGUGGUUGAAGAUACUCAAGGAGAUUCUGAUUACCCAGGAAGUCGUUAUUCGUAUCAAAGAAGCACCGUGCCUCCUUAUGCCACGGAUAACACGGACAACUUCCAGUCUACCUACAGAGCUUCAUUUGCACCCUCGGCUAGCAAAGAACGAGAAUCUGUGGAUAAUACAUCAAGUUUAGAAAGUCGCAUUGCGUCCGGCGACACUUUCAUUGGCCUGCUUUCAGACUAUGCUUCUCGCAUCCGGGAGAGAAACCCCGGAAGAAACGACGACGAUUUGCUGUCUGUCAGACCGAGAUACGAGGCCCGGGCCUUGUCCCCAUCGCUUCCGCGCUAUACACCCGGGAGCUAUCGGGAGAGGCAGGGAAGCCAAUACCGCCACACCAGCCCACCUCGCGUCGCCUCCAAGGUGUAAGAUUCACCUCUGUUGGCGGCGUCUUUCAAAAAUGAAAAGAGUAAAAGAAGUACAAAAUGGUGCUGACAGACCUAGUCGCGUAACAUUGCCGAGCUCUUCGAAAUACGGCUACGUUCAACUCUUGAGGAGGGACUGUAAAAAUAACAUAACCAGGUACUACAGAUCCUGUCGUGUGCAGUAGGAAUGUUUUAGUCCCAGAAGAAAUGAAACUUGUGUGCCCCAUUGGUGUCUGGAACUGAGCGGCGGUGUGGUCAUGGGGGGACAGGCUAGGUUCACGGGAACAAAUCACAAACGGGCCGCUGUCUGCCACACAAAAGUUUCGUUCUUGCUCACCACGAGGUAGUCGACUGUCAUUGAAACAAUUCCUGGAUCCAGGACUAAUAUUCCCUUUUUAACUAUGUUGUUAGCCCAGCGCAUCUUCUCUCCUGUUCCUUUCAACCUGAAGUUAAUGACAAUCGCCUACUCUCGUCCUGGGCCGGUUAAGGGUUUGUGUGCGGUCGAGAAAAGGGACUUUUUGUGGACGUGUCCUAAAACAGAUGAGAAACACAGGUGGCGUUACUUGGACAUAAGGAAGUGCCAAUUUUACAUAUGCGUAACCAGAACAUUUUAACCCUCAAUGUAAGCUUAUAGACAAAGAGUGCUCAUUUGUUACGAUGCAGUAGUCCGUCAAUUGAAUUAUACAAAUUUGUACCAACAAGUUGCAUAUAUCAGUCCGUUUUAUAAACUUUGAUACAAGUCGUGUACAUUUUCCGUACCUGAGUUGUUUGUGGUUAUACUAUUUGUAUCUAUGAAAUUAUCAAAUAUACAAUCAAUGCUGAAGUUUGGAUCCAAAAAUCAGUGAAUAAAAACCGGUUGGCCAACAAAUUUGAUGUCUUUUAUUAUU